GACGAAGCCGUCUCCUGAAUCUUUGGAGUAGAUGUUCCUGGAGAGAUGCGAGUGGCGGCAGCACCUAGCGUGCAGCUUAUUUCAGAUCCAUCGGCUUUCAAGUAGCCCCUCGUCGUGCUCUCCCCGCUGCCUGCGUCUAGUUGGGCCUUCAUACGGGUCUAUGGGAAGACAAUGGUAGAAGCGGAAGUAUCUACGUCCUUGGCCGGAUAGCGUGGGUCGGCAUAAUGCUCUACACAAUGAACAGGGAAGUGUACAAAGCUUGGGAGAUCAAGGCCAUCCAGCCAAAUCAUCGGUCCGGAGCCAUCUUUGCCGUGAUCGUGCCAGUUCCAGGUCGGGGUCAAGAUAACGUCGCCGCGUUGCAUCUGGAUGCGUCAAUCAUGCACAGCAGUGAAGCCACCAUUACCCUCGAUGAUAAAGUGACAGGCAAAGGCAGUGUGGCGAUGAGCUGGCGCGGUCUCGUUGGGCAUAACCAGCUGAAGCCCAGCGUAAAUGGUAUCAGUCGUGUAAGGCGCCUCUGCAUACGCGUGAGCCUUCUAAUAUUCAUGAGGGGGUUUCUUACCUCGAGAGGGAUUUACGAGCAUUAAUACACGUCGUUCCGCUUGUUUCUCAGUAAUGAGCUCACCAGCUUGUAGCACACUCGGUUGGAUCUUCUCG